UUUUUUCUUACAUGUUUUUUUGUUGUUUUUGUUCCUGUAAUACUCUUUCCUGUAGUGCACGUGGGUUGUUGGCAAAGGAGAGGGUGAGGACCUGGUCAUAACCCUAAACUGCAAUAUUUAUCGACAGGACAUAGAUGGGGAAUGUGAGGCACCAGAGAUAACGGUAUUGGAUUGCAUAUACGGGCUUGUUGAGCAAAGCAGUCCCCUUAACAGGCUUAUUUCUUGGGAACUUUUUUUGGGGGCAGUGAUAAGGUCACGGUUUGAGCAGGCAUGGAAAAUAAGAGAGCGUGCAAAGGCGCCUGAGAUCAUUUAAGUACGUCAUGCUGUGUCAUGGCUGAUACCUUGUGUGUUAUAACAACCGUAACGCGAAACACUCUCCUUAUGGAAACACACUGUGCUUUUUUUAACCAUGCAUGAAUACCGUAAAAGACCAUAUGUGUUGACCCGCUGAACCCUGAACACACGUGAAAACGUGCUAAUAUAAUUGUUUUGUUUUUAUUUGCGACACGUUUGCACAGAUUUCCGACAGAGUUUCCUUCUUUCUUUUUAUAUUCUUAUUCAGUUGCAUUCUGAGACCUUGCUGUCUCUUGCUGUUUAUUGCUGUUGAGCAGGGUGAACUGCUGUUGGUGUGAGUGCUGCUGUUCUCAGUGUGCAGUACUGCUGGAGUUGUACAUUGCUGCCGUUUGUCACUGUGCCUUGCUGCUGUAGUUGUUGUACAUUGCUGCCGUUUGUCACUGUGCCUUGCUGCUGUAGUUGUUGUACAUUGCUGCUGUUGUCGGUGUGCUGUCAGCGUGGGUGAGCUGCAUCCCAGUGCCAUGCUGAGGAGAGGGCCGCUCGCCUGGCUGUCGCGUAUCGGCCUGGUGCUGGUGCUGCUGUGCUGCACCGCCUCCCUGCUCUACGUCACCACCUGCGGCCCCCACCAGGAGGACGGCCUGGGGGGCCACAGCCACGCUCUACCCCGAGCCGGAGGUGGUGGGCUUGGAGGACUAGGGGGAGGAGGAGGAGGGGGUCUUGGAGGUGGCGGUGGUGGAGGUGUUGGAGGUGGUGGAGGAGGAGGGGGGGGCCCGAGCGGUGGCCCUACGGGGCGCGAGGGCUAUCAGGCCCUGCUCCAGGAGCAUGAGGACCAGCAUCGCAUCCACAUCGCCAGCCUGAAGAAGCAGAUCGCCCAGCUUAAAGAGGCCCUGCAGGAGCGCAGUGACCAGCUGAAAGGCGUCCAGGACACCCUGGACAAGGCCGCCGGUGGUGCUGCUGGACGUGGUGGAGGGGGCAUAGCAGGGGCAGGCGAUGACCUCAAAAACUCCAACUCGGAGAAGGAGAAGAGCCCCAACGCGGACCUGCAGGAGUUCCUGAGGAGCCAGGUGAACCAGGCGGAGGUGCACCAGGGCAUGCGUCUGCCUAACGAGUACGCGGUGGUGCCCUUCGAGAGCUUCACGCUGCAGCGCGUCUACCAGCUGGAGAUGGGCCUGACGCGCCACCCAGAGGAGAAGCCGGUGCGACGCGACCGCCGCGAUGAGCUGGCCGAGGUCAUCGAGAACGCCCUGCAGGCGCUCAACGCUCCGCGCCUCAACGCCGGCGGGGACCGCGACCGCGGCCUCAGCAAGGUCUACGCCCCGUCCGACUUCAUCGAGGGGAUCUCCCGGAUGGAGAAGGACAAGGGAACCCUCUACGAGCUGACGUUCCGCGGCGACCAGAAUCAGGAGUUCCGCAGACUGGUGCUGUUCCGUCCCUUCGGCCCGCUGAUGAAGGUCAAGAACGAGAGGGUGGACACGGCCGGGGUUCUCAUCAACAUCGUGGUUCCACUCUCGCAACGUGCAGACAAAUUCCGCCAGUUCAUGCAGAACUUCAGGGAGGUGUGUGUGAAGCAGGACAGGCGUAUCCAUCUCACUGUGGUCUACUUUGGGAGGGACCAGAUGAGUGAGGUCAAAGGAACACUCGAGAACACGUCCAGAGAGAUGAACUUCAGGAACUUCACCCUGAUCCAGCUGAAUGAGGAGUUCUCCCGGGGUCGGGGGCUUGACGUGGGGGCGCGGGCGUGGAAGGGGGGCAAUGUCUUACUCUUCUUCUGCGACGUGGACAUCGUCUUCACCGCAGACUUCCUCAACACCUGCCGCCUCAACACACAGGCCGGUAAAAAGGUCUUCUACCCGGUUCUCUUCAGCCAGUACAACCCUGCAGUCAUCUAUGGCAGUCAUGAGCACAUUCCUCCGGUGGAACAACAGCUGGUCAUCAAAAAAGACACUGGCUUCUGGAGAGACUUUGGAUUUGGCAUGACCUGCCAGUACAGAUCUGACUUCAUCAAUAUAGGUGGCUUCGACGUGGACAUCAAGGGCUGGGGCGGCGAGGACGUGCACCUGUACCGCAAGUACCUGCACAGCAACCUGCUGGUGGUGCGCGCUCCCUCGCGGGGCCUCUUCCACCUCUGGCACGAGAAGACGUGCGCCGACCAGCUGCCGCCCGAGCAGUACAAGAUGUGCAUGCAGUCCAAGGCCAUGAACGAGGCCUCGCACGGCCAGCUGGGCAUGCUGCUCUUCCGCCACGAGAUCCAGGCGCACCUGCGCAAGCAGCGGGCCGCCGCCGCCGUGCGCACCAGCGCCAACAACAACAAGUCCUCCUGAUGCCGCCCCCUGGUGGUGGUGGCGGUGGUGGUGGUGCUGCUGCUGUUUGGGUUCGUGAUGGGUAGUGUGGUCAUGGGCAGAGGCGUAGCAGCAAUUUCUGGGGCGCAUGGACAACUAGCAAGGCUGCUGACUUUAGCUGGGGCCCAGGACAAAGCCCUCUGAAAGGGCACCUCCCAAUAGAUUCAAUGUGAUGAAGACCCAAUUAUGGGCCCCCCCCCAUCUUCCUGGUCCUGGGACAACUGACCCCUUUGCUCCCCCCUUGUCGAUGUCUCUGACAACUAUCUCCAGUGAACUUACCCCUUCUCCCUCCAACCCACCCAUAUACUGUAGCUCCACUAACAGCUUUUGCUCGGCCCAGGACAAAGUCAUUUGAAAGGGCCCGCCAUCCAAUAUACAAUGUAAUGGGGAGCCAAUUAUGGGUCCCCCUGUCUCUGGGCCUUGGAAAACUGACCCCCGUUGUCGUCAGCUUCCCUGCUCCUGAUUGCUAAAAAACACAAAUGAAUCUUCCACAUCUAAGAUGCACCGGUGACUUUUCUUCUCACUUGGAACUCGGACUUGGAGUCCUCUCGUGUGACAGCCCAGACAGUGAAGAACAGGAGCCUGGAGGAUACCUUACUUAUGAAGCCAAUUGGAGCCAAUUUUGGAUUGGAUUGGAUUGGAGCCAAUUUUUGGUCCCCUAGGUAGGGGAAAUUCUUUCUCUGCAUUUAUCCCAUUUGGACUAGUGAAUCACAUUGAAGUACACACACUAGUCCGUAGCAGUGGGCUGCCUGCUGAGCGGCGCCCGGGGAGCAAUGUGGGGGUUAGGUGCCUUGCUCAAGGGCACUUCAGCCGUGGUUCGGUCGGGCACUGAACCGGGAACCAUUGGGUUGCCAACCCAGUGCUCUAACCACUGAGCCACGACUGACCCCACUUUUCAACUCCUCCGUGCUGUUUUGGUUUGUGAUGGUUGCAGGCUUGGUUCAGUGUCAGAUGGAUAGUUGGGUAAUGGGGUGGAGUGUGGCAGCAAAUUUCGGGGCCUGCCUAUGUGCAACCAGCUCCAAUGGAACACCCCACACCACCCGACCCAUUCAGGGCGGGCAGGACAGGGGCCCCCUGUCUGUACCAACAACGUAAUGGGGUCCCCCUCAGUCCUCCCGUCCCUGGAGCCAGACCAUAUGUAUGACUCUAUAUGGGAUGCCCUAUCAUGACCCUCCUGGACCUGGUCAUGGGUGGGGUGAGCAUCAGGAUGAAGAUGGCAUCAUGAUGGUGCUACCCAUUUGGAUGCCUGUCGUCGUGUCAUGGUGGCAUAUGGCUGUCUUCUUUUGAUGAAACAGGAUAAUAGCAACAAUCGAAGCUUCUGAGAGGGAAGAAAAAAGGACAGACGACAACAACAGGACACUGCAGGGGAAAGGCAAUCUCUGAUGAAGGCAAAGUUGACUUUUCUACCUACAAAUAGACAGUACCUACAGACAGUGCUCUUUGGAAGACUUUUGUAUGAUCUCCUUGGAAUGAUUUUGAAUUGAAGCUUACAGAUGCACUUAUACAUGAACACGUCCCAUUCUUAAAGCCGAAGAAAAAUAAAAUGACUUUGGGGUGUUGUUGUCAAUCUGCUCCUAAAGCCUCUUCUCCACUGCUGGUUUUCUGGUAGGCCUACGGUGUGACUCGGCCGACCCUUUUUGCUUUUUGAAUAGGCACGACACAGCUCAAUCGAAAAGUAAAAAGUGGCAGCCGAGUCGCGCUGUGUCGAGCUGUAGGCCCACCAGAAAAUAGGCAGUCUAAAAGAUGCAUGAACGUCGCUGGCUUUAUUGAGGUGGCGGGAAACCAGGAGGGGUGAAAGGUCAAAUGCUGUUAGACAAAAAGGUCACCAGGGUCAAGGCUGUAUCUAAUUCAUAGUCCUGUGACUUGAGCUCUUGUUAAACUCACUUGUGUGACUUGCUUUAAGGCUGUCUGAUGUCUUGUGACUUGGAACAAGGCAAGGGCCAUUAGCCGGACUCCAGGCACCUGUUUUAUAGUGCCACCUAGUGUGCUCUUGUGCUCAUGACAUCAAGUUUCUGAAAAGAAAGCAAGAGUGCAAGGGGGGAAAACAUAGAUUGUACUAUAUUACAUAUUGUUUUAUUUUGCUUAAAGACAAAUUUUAGAUUUUUCUAUGCUAUAUUCAACGGUUGCAAUUGAUUUGCAAUGUCAUGAAUACUUGUGAACUUGGACAGAAAGGUUUCAUUUGUUUUAUUGUAGCUUGUCAUAUCAUGGUGAUGCAGUUCACUGUUUUUCGCAUUACACACACACACACACACACACACACACACACACACACACACACACACACACACACACACACACACACACACACACACACACACACACACACACACACACACACACACACACACACACACACACACACACUUUUGUAACCAUGUACACAAUAUUUGAACACUCUUGGAACUUAACUGAACUGAUUUUUUGGGCCUUGUUUUUAACACUGAUCUUUUCCCACAUACAGUAUUUAGAUGUGUGUUGACACAUUUAACUGUUACAAAGAACAUAACCUAUAUGAGAUGAUUGUAACAUAUUCUCAUGCUGUUUGCUGUCAUGGUAUGGCAUUUUGAUUUCUUCCCAAAUACCAGACAGAGAUAUUAUAUUUUUGUUCAAUUCAAUACCAUAAUAACAAGAGCAAUCCGUGCUCCCCUGGCCAAUGCUAGAUGCACUUGAUGCUAUGCGCUUGGCACCCCCUACAGACAACCCUCACACACCGCAGGCAGACAAAAACACAGAUAAACAAUCAGACAGACAGACAGACUGACUGACAAACUAAUUGCAAUACCUGGCCCAAUCCCCUUCCGGGGAACCAGGUAAUUAAAGAACAACAUUUGUUAGCAUAUAUUCACUAAAACCUCAUUACAUAUAUUGGGCUGUUUGAAAACAAGUGAUCUCUUAAACAAACUAUAUUUUCAAAGAAGAAAUCUGCCUGAUCACUGUGCAUCUCACUGUACAUUGUAAAACAUUGCAAGCCAGUUCAACCUAAGAAAGUAAGUUGCCCUGCUGCCUUAAGUUUGUAAGGUAACUCACCUUGAGGCUUAUAUUUCUGUCAACUCAGAAAACAAAGUCUCAAGUUGAGUUAACUUACGAACCUAAGGCAGCAGGGUAACUUACUUUUUUUUUGAUUAACGGGUUUGUAAUAUUUUCCAGUGUUGUAGGAGUGCAACAAGCACGCACGCACACACGCACACACA